AUCAAUCGUCAAAGUUCUCACAUAAACGAUGAUGUCCAUUUUGAUAAUGAAAAAAUUGGUGAGAGUGGGGCGGUUCAUAGCGCCAUCAUGGAAGUGAAAAAUGAUCAAGAAGAGAGUCAGAAGCAGCAACAUUUUCAUGAGAGAUCGAAAACUCGCAUUAGUAAUGGUGAAAAUUUUAAUUCAUCAUCCUCAAAUAACGGGUUUAUGCCCUCGAAUUUUGAGAUGACCCACUUAACAAUAAAUGAUUCAAAUGAGAGCCAAAAGGAACUUCUUGGACGAAAAAUGGCUGAGAGAGCACCAGAAACCCCAUCACUUCGACCUCCUUGGUUUACGGAAGAGUUGGCCACAACAACUAGAGCAUCCUUUAAUCAGCACCCUAAACCCGAUUCGGAAAAGAAAUUUAGCUUUCAGCGAUCAAGUAAUCAAAUUGAAUUCCCGAGUUACACUCCAGAGGAAAUGCAGAGUGCUCGACCAACAAUAAUUGACGCGCGCAAUAAGAAAUGCACCUGGAUGCCGAAUUUGGCUCCCGAGUUUGUUGCACAAAGCGAUGUUGGGAAAAAGUCCAUUCCACUGGAGAAAAGGGCCUUCCCGCGAUAUGCUAUCUUCAUAACUGAUGCGAAUGGUAAUAAAACGAAUAGUAUUGCGGUGAAGGAAUACAAUAUGAAUAUUGCCCGGUCUCAGUUUGAACCAGCAAUAGCUGCUGUUUACCAUGCCCAUCCAACAAAUGCCACAUUUGAGAGGCCAGAUAUUGGAUCAAAAGACAGGGAAGCCGUAAAAGUGUAA